UCUCUCAACAAGACUUCUGGUACGGGCGGCCCACGAGUCAAUCGAUGCACUUGCCCGCCGGAGCACAAAAGUCCUGCUCUUGCCGUUUCGAUAAUGGAGGAGUGGAAAGGACAGAUUGCACAUUGGGAAAAAAAAUUAGCCCUUAGAUUUCCCGCACCCGCUUGGGAUGGUGUUCUUUUAAGAAUUGGAGAGAACAGCGGUGCCACGACGUAAGCGUCCAGGGACGUGAAUGGCAUGAGAGCAGGACAGAGGUUCUUUCGGAGCCGGAGCCUGUCGACCAUGAUGAUGAUUGAUUAAUUGAUUGACUGACUGACUGACUGCCUGCCAGUUUCGGCCCUUUCCUCUCUCUCUCUCUCUCUCUCUCUCUCUCUCUCUCUCUCUCUCUCUUUGUCUCUCUCCAAAUGUCUUGACGCUUCUGUGGGCAGUGAAUCGUCCCCAUUUAUCAACAACCCAAUCAAUGACCUUAUUUUGACGCCAGCCAUUGUGUUUUCGGCUGGAGCGAUGGUGUGCCAAUUGGUUCUUCCGUGCGUGUUUACGUGAGUGUAUGCAAGUUAGUCAUAUGCCCGACUCGGCCGGCCCAAACCCACCAUAAAGCCGGCAUAUAUAAUUGGCUCACGUGUAACUUCCAAGAUAAGAAGCGAACACAUGGAAGUCAGACCCUUGUCGUUGCUGACGUCUCACAGACGAAAUGCGUGAACAGGACGAACGAGGGAUACCUCCCAUGUCGUUGAUUGGUCGGGAGAGCGUUAGACUCUCGCAUUCAAUUCGAGUCCAGGUUAUUUUUUCGGAACUCGGCAGGAAAAUUCAUUUGCAGAAUAUUGAGCCCCGAGUGCUUGACAUUUACAACUGACAACGAGAAGCGUCUCCAAGAGAUUCUGGAGGACCGGCGGAGCUAUGGCGGAACUUCUUGCUCUGCGCUGCUGUACAUGUCCGCCGGUGUCAUCGUACUACUCGGGAAGUGCAGCCUCGAUCGAUGGAAGGCCGAGAGGCGCUACGUCUCUGGGCCGGCCGAGGCCUUCCCUAGUACAUCAGUUGUCCAUUCGUCAAGGUACUGACCGCACGUCGGGACCUGCGAACUUGCGCACAUUCAGCGUGAGAGCAGGGCUCGGGGACGGGAACGGAAAUAAUAAACCUCCAUUGACUUCACUCGCGUCACAGGACUGGAAGUAUUUGGGGAAGUUUAUGGCCGCCUGUACCGGUGGAGCAAUAGCCAUAAAGUAUGGAAGUGUUCUGGUGCCAAGUAUCACCGAGCCCAAUCUCGUGCAAGCGCUCAUCAUGAUCACAACGCCCGUGCUGGUGAGCGUGGCUCUGUUGUCGGCUGCUUCUUCACAGCAGAAGUUGGGUUCCUAGAAGUAGAAGAGCUCGAGGAGGGUUUCAUUGGCUUCUGUGUUCUGAGGCUGUUACAUAUACUUUGAUUUUGAAAUUCAGAGCUUUCAUCGCACUUCCCUUCUUCGGAUUCUGGUCAAAACAUGUGGAGUCUAAACACAUUUCCGGGAAUUGUACCCGGAGAAUGUGCAGCAGUGAAUUAUCCCGCGGCAGCUGGACACAUGCCAAAAAUCUUAUCUUGUUGUGUUUGCUUAUUUCUUUAGGGUCGUGUCGUUCAGUAGAGAUCACCCGAUGCUGGAAUCGUCGGGAUUACCGCCAGGAAGCAAUAGAAUUGUCUUUUUGUAGGACGCAUUAGAAAAUACUUGUGCCGAGGAAUUUGAACAGGCAAAGAAUCCAACUACUGUUACUGUACUCCAUGAGCACAUUGAUCUUGAGAUUCUUGCCAGCUAUCGAGAGUGCAAGCCACGGAAUGGUCAGUAGAUUCUGGUAUAAAAAAGUCAAACUCGUUUGUGAUUUGUGAAAGC